AUGGUCACUCUCCCACUGCCCGGUAACUCCCCACUGCCCGGUAACAUCCCCACUGGGCUCCGGUCACACCCCCACUGGGCCACGGUCACUCCCCCACUGGUCUCCGGUCACUCCCACACUGUGCCCCGGUCACUCCCACACUGUGCCCCGGUCACUCCCCCACUGGGGCCCGGUCACUCCCCCACUGGGGCCCGGUCACUCCUCCACUGGGGCCCGGUCACUCCCCCACUGGGGCCCGGUCACUCCCCCACUGGGGCUCCGGUCACUCCCCCACUGGGCCCCGGACACUCUCCACUGUGCUCCGGUCACUCCCCCACUGGGCUCUGGUCACUCCCCCACUUGGGCUCUGGUCACUCCCCCACUGGGGCCCGGUCCCUCACCCAUUGGGGCUCCAGUCACUCCCCCACUGGGUGCUGGACACUCCCCCACUGGGCCCUGGACACUCCCCCACUGGGCUCCGGUCACUCUCCACUGUGCUCCGGUCACUCCCCCACUGGGCCCCGGACACUCCCCCACUGGGGCCCGGUCACUCCCCUACUGGGGCCCGGUCACUCCCCACUGGGCCCCGGCACUCCCCUACUGGGGCCCCGGACACUCCCCUACUGGGGCCCGGUCACUCCCCCACUGAGCUUCGGUCACUCCCCACUGCCUCGUCAUUCCUCACCACAUUUCAGUCACCGGUCACUACUCUAUUGGGCUCCAGUCGCUCCCCCACUGGGCACCGGUCACUCCCCACUGGGGCUCGGUCACUCCCCAUUGGGCCCCGGUCACUCCGCCACUGGGCUCCGGUCACUCCGCCACUGGGGCACGGUCACUCCCCCACUGGGGCACGGUCACUCCCCCACUGGGGCACGGUCACUCCCACACUGGGCUCCGGUCAAUCCCCCACUGGGGUCCGGUCAAUCCCCCACUGGGGCCCGGUCAAUCCCCCACUGGGGUCCGGUCAAUCCCCCACUGGGGUCCGGUCAAUCCCGCACUGGGGUCCGGUCAAUCCCCCACUGGGGUCCGGUCAAUCCCCCACUGGGGUCCGGUCACUUCCCCACUGGGGCCCCGGUCACACCCCCACUGGGGCCCCGGUCACACCCCCACUGGGGCCCGGUCACACCCCCACUGGGGCCCGGCCCCACUGGGGCCCCGGUCACUCCCCCACUGGGGCCCCGGUCACUCCCCCACUGGGGCCCCGGUCACUCCCCCACUGGGGCCCCGGUCACUCCCCCACUGGGGCCCCGGUCACUCCCCCACUGGGGCCCCGGUCACUCCCCCACUGGGGCCCCGGUCACUCCCCCACUGGGGCCCCGGUCACUCCCCCACUGGGGCCCCGGUCACUCCCCCACUGGGGCCCCGGUCACUCCCCCACUGGGGCCCCGGUCACUCCCCCACUGGGGCCCCGGUCACUCCCCCACUGGGGCCCCGGUCACUCCCCCACUGGGGCCCCGGUCACUCCCCCACUGGGGCCCCGGUCACUCCCCCACUGGGGCCCCGGUCACUCCCCCACUGGGGCCCCGGUCACUCCCCCACUGGGGCUCCGGUCACUCCCCCACUGGGGCCCCGGUCACUCCCCCACUGGGGCCCCGGUCACUCCCCCACUGGGGCCCCGGUCACUCCCCCAAUGGGGCCCCGGUCACUCCCCCACUGGGGCUCCGGUCACUCCCCCACUGGGGCUCCGGUCACUCCCCCACUGGGGCCCCGGUCACACCCCCAAUGGGGCCCCGGUCACUCCCCCACUGGGGGCCUGGUCACUCCCCCACUGGGGGCCCGGUCACUCCCCCACUGGGGGCCCGGUCACUCCCCCACUGGGGGCCCGGUCACUCCCCCACUGCGGGCCCGGUCACUCCCCCACUGCGGGCCCGGUCACUCCCCCACUGGGGGCCCGGUCACUCCCCCACUGGGGGCCCGGUCACUCCCCCACUGGGGCCCCGGUCACUCCCCCACUGGGGCCCCGGUCACUCCCCCACUGGGGCUCCGGUCACUCCCCCACUGGGGCCCCGGUCACUCCCCCAAUGGGGCCCCGGUCACUCCCCCACUGGACUCCGCACCAAUCUGUAG